AUGGCAUCUUAUGGUUUCCCAAUGACAUUACUUGAUUUGCGCUGUGUCGUCAAAUCAUAUCUAGAUCGAACCGGAAGAAAAGUUCCCGUGUUUGGAAAUGGAAACUUUCCUGGGAGAGAGUGGGCCAUGUCAUUUAUGAAGCGGCAUAAGUAUGUUCUCUCCGAACGUGUCGCCAAAAAUAUCACAUAUGCAAGAGCUGUGACUGAUACUGAAGUGAUUGACUCAUAUUUUGAGCAUUUAGAGAAGGAGUUAGAGGGUAUUCCGCCAGAAAAAAAUUGGAAUUACGACGAAACGAACGUCCAGGACGAUCCGGGAAGCAAAAAAGUGUUGGUCAGAAGAGGAGCAAAAUAUCCAGAGCGGAUACAAAAUUGUUCCAAAGUGUGUACUUCGAUUAUGGUCUGUGGGAACGCCGCAGGACAGUUGGCUCCACAAUACGUAAAUUACAAGGCCGAGAACAUGUGGUCGACCUGGACCGAAAAUGGACCUGAAGGAGCCCGCUACAAUCGUACUAAAUCUGGAUGGUUUGAUCACCAAGUGUUUGAGGACUGGUUCAUCAAUCUUAUGCUCCCCAUACUGAAACAACAAGAUGGCCAAAAAGUUCUUAUUGGCGAUAAUUUGAGUUUGCAUAUUAACCUAGAGGUUAUUCGACUCUGCGAAAAGUAUGGGAUAAAAUUUAUCGCACUCCCACCAAAUGCGACACAUCUACUGCAACCACUAGAUGUUGCCAUAUUCAGAGUUCUAAAACUGAUUUGGCGUGAAAUUUUGUUAGAUUGGAAGCAAUCGAUAUCUGGUAGCCGGUGCACAUCAGUUCCAAAAGAUGAACUGCCUGGUCUGUGA